UAAGGCCUCUUCCCAUGAUCCUCUCCUUCUUUUCUCCAUACUUCCUCCUCUCCGGCAGCCGCAGCCAUGAAGGUCGAGCUGUGCAGUUUCAGUGGGUACAAGAUCUACCCCGGACACGGGAGGCGCUACGCCAGGACCGACGGGAAGGUUUUCCAAUUUCUUAAUGCAAAAUGCGAGUCGGCAUUCCUUUCCAAGAGGAAUCCUCGGCAGAUAAACUGGACUGUCCUCUACAGAAGAAAGCACAAAAAGGGGCAGUCGGAAGAAAUUCAGAAGAAGAGAACCCGCCGUGCAGUCAAAUUCCAGAGGGCCAUCACUGGUGCUUCUCUUGCUGAUAUAAUUGCCAAGAGGAAUCAGAAGCCUGAAGUUAGAAAAGCUCAACGAGAACAAGCUAUCAGGGCUGCCAAGGAAGCAAAAAAGGCUAAGCAAGCCUCUAAAAAGACAGCAAUGGCUGCUGCUAAGGCUCCCACAAAGGCAGCACCUAAGCAAAAGAUUGUGAAGCCUGUGAAGGUUUCUGCUCCUCGUGUUGGUGGAAAACGCUAAGUUGGCCGACCAGAUUUUUAAAUAAAGACGUAACAAGUUAAGAA